AUGAGGACGAUUGUAGCGCAUCUCUUCUUUCUGAUAAUACACGUGAGGAGUGAUGAUUACGUAAACGUCACAUAUCAACCCGCUCAAAGGCAACUAUAUGAUUUCAAGAAGGAACAUCUACACCCGAUAGGAUUGUGGACCAAAAACGCAGGAGAUCCAGUGGAAAUUCGUGACACCAUAACGAUUAACUCCGAUCAAUUCGACAAUCAGCUGUUUAUAGACUCAUUAUCGACGUUUGAUGGCGAGAGAAUACCAGAACGUGUGGUACACGCCAAGGGUACAGGAGCCUUUGGCUACUUCGAAGUUAAGCACGAUGUCUCCAAAUAUACAUAUGCUGAUGUGUUCAAUGAAGUGGGAAAGAAAACACCGGUGGUUGUUAGAUUCUCAACAGCAAUUCAGAGCUUAGGGGGCAGUGAAGUCUUCAGAGAACUGAAAGCAAUGUCAGUAAAAUUAUACACAAAAGACGGCAACUUAGAUCUUCUAUCUUUAUCAGUACCCGUCUAUCUAUAUAACGAUCCUUUAUCGUUUAUAGAUGUAAUACAUGCACUUAAAAAAAAUCCUCAGACUGGUUUGAUGGACUUCACGAGUCUUUAUGACAUAUUAACAUUAAAACCAGCAGGGAUUCAUUUCUUCUUUUGGUUAUUGUCUGAUUAUGGUAUUCCAGAUGGAUACAGAAAGAUGGAUGCUUUCCCCAUUCAUACUUAUGAGCUUUCAAACGAACAUGGAGAGACCCACUAUGUAAGAUUCAAUUUCAGAACUGAACAAGGUUUCUCAGCACUGACAACACCGCAAGCGGCCGCCAUUCAAGCUGUAGACCUGGAUUACUUUACCAGAGAUUUAUAUAACGCAAUUGGUUCAGGAGACUAUCCUGCAUGGAAACUAGAGAUGGAUGUGAUGACGGCACAUGAUAUACAAAAACUAGAUUACAAUCCAUUCGAUGUCUCAAGACUGUGGAAGAAUGGCACGUUCCACACCGUGCCGAUUGGGCGCUUGGUAUUAAAUAAACAUGUUGGGAAUCACUUUAGGGAUGUCGAAGAAGCCGCAUAUAAUCCCGCAAAUUUAGUGCCUGGUAUUCCUGGGCCGGUGGACUUUUUGUUCCAUGGUAGAAGAAUGUUCUAUAACGAUGCUCAAAAUUACCGUCUGGGAAGAAACCAUGAUAAGAUUUUAGUAAACAUGCCACUGUACGAGAAGACGUAUGUACGAGAUGGGAGACCACCGACUAAACUUAACAUGAGGAACGUUCCCAAUUAUUAUCCUAAUUCAUUCCAUGGACCAGUUCCAUAUGUGGAUGAGCACAGACCGUGGAAGAAGUUGCAUGUAUUAGAAAAUAAUGCUGUCGAUUUGGAACCAGCAUGGUAUUUUUACAACUAUAUUCUUGAAGAUGAGGCUCACAGAGAGAGAUUUAUUACCAAUCUUGGCGGGAGUCUCGUGCCAGUCACACCACCGGUGGUACAAAGAGCGUUUAAAAUUUUACAUUUGAUUGAUGAAGAUUUAGCUAAACGUACUAGGGCUGUUUAUGAAGUAGGGGUUGCAGCAGCGUCGGCGGCUCAACAAGCAGCCAGAGCAACUGAUGCGACUGUAACACCCAAGAGGAAUACCCCAUCCGCGGAAGGACCUCCUAAACAUAACGACACAAAAAGUGUUUACCGAUUGGGUAUUCAUCAUGAGCAUGACUAUCACCAUUAAAUGACAUUUGAUAGCAUGCUAACAUUCAAUUUAUCGGCUUUUUUCGAGAAACUACACAAUCAGCUUUUUUUUAAUCUCAACUUGUCAGUGUCGGCUCCUGAUAUCCGACAUUUGUCGGAUAGUGUAAAAGACGACUGGUACCCGAUCAUGUAAAAUCAGCAAUAAACUAACAAAUCAUUGGAAUGAGAAGAAUUUUUUAUAUUGUUUGUAUG